CCCCCCUCCUCCCCCCAUCGUUGUGCUGCCAUCUCCCCUCCCCCUCUCGCCAAGACCAUCCCUUGCGAGGCUCCCCAUCACGGAUGUCAACGCUCGCCCGGGCCGUCGGCCAUCCCCUCUCGAGAUCCCUUGCCGACACCGCCAGUCGGCCUCUGUCGCGGGCCUUUGCCACCACCGCCGCCACCACCGCCGCCACCGGCCAUGGCACGGAUGAGGCUCUGGCUGCCGCACGCGCUACCGUCAGCGACCAUCACAUGGAACAUGCGCUUGGGGUCCUGACAGUGGGCGAUGCCCGGCGCUUCCUCCAGUCCUCGCCCACCGAGAGUGAUGGGUCUUCCAAGGCCGCGGCCGAGGCCCUCUCCCGGCGCCUGGCCCUUUUGCUGGCCUGCCAUGAACGCGGCGCCCAGGCCGCGGCUCUGAACUUCUCCGUGGCCGAUCGCACGGCCCAGGCAAUUCGCGACCUGCUCGCCGGCUCCCGAGCUGAUGGCCCCCUGGCUCAUAUUCCCUACACGCUGAAGGACAAUUUCGCCACCAGCUCCACCACCAGCGCCACGUCGGCCGAUGGAAGCACCUGGCUCGGCACCACGGCCGGGUCGCGCAUGCUCGACCAUUAUCGAGCUCCCUUCGAUGCCACGGUGGCCGAGCGCCUGCACAGGGCCGGGGCCACCCUGCUGGAGAAGGUGGCCCUCGACGAGUUUGGCAUGGGAUCUGCCGGGUUCUGGGCGGCCCAGGGCCCGGCCCUCCAUCCCGCCCAUGUGCUCAGCCUGGUCGACGGCCAGUAUAUGCCUGCCACCUCGGCGGCUCUGCCGCUGAAGCCCAUGCGCCAGCACUUCUUCGCUCCUGGGGGCAGCUCCUCCGGCUCGGCUGUGUCCGUGAGCACUGGCGCGGCGCUCUUCUCCAUCGGGACGGACACGGGCGGCUCGGUUCGCAUGCCGGCGGCUUUCUGCGGUCUUUUCGGCUUCAAGCCUUCGCAUGGGCGUCUCUCCCGCCAUGGGCUUGUGUCGUACUCUUCGGGCCUCGACUGUCCGGGCAUCCUGGCCCGGUCGAUUGACGACGUGGCACUCAUCUACCAGUCUCUCGCCGGGCGCGACCCCUCGGACACGCUGACCUGGCAAUUUGCGAAUGCGGCCGGGGGGGCCUCCUUGCUCACAGGCCCGGAGGCCUGGCGUCAGCGUGGCCUGCGCUUCGGGGUUCCGGAUGAAUACCUCACCGAUGAACUUUCACCGCAAGCGGCGGGUGCUCUGCAAACGGCCAUCGACAUCCUCUGUCGGGCGGCCGCCGCCACCGCCACCGCCACCGGGCUGGCUUCGGCUCCGGAGCCCGGGGCGAUCCUUCCCACGGUCCCGGUGGCUGAUGUGCUGCCAGUGUCGCUGCCGACCACGGCCGAUGGCCUUUCCAGCUACUAUGUCCUGGCGGCGGCCGGGGCAUCCAGUGAUUUGGCCCGCUUUGAUGGGAUCCGCUUUGGCUCCUCGGUGCCGGGCUCCGGCAUUCCAGUGGACAAUCGGUCGGCUUACCUUGGGCGGAAUGUUCGCGCGCGCAUCAUGGCCGGCGUGGACUGUCUGUCAUCCAGCAAUUAUGAGAAAACCUUCUCCGCGGCCAGUCGCAUCCGCGAAGCCAUUUCCCAGGAAUUCGCGGCGGUCCUCUGUCCCAGCUCCGUGAGUCCGGCAGCUUUUGCAGACUUUGCCCCGGAAGCUGAUCAUCUCGUGCAUGCUGCUCCCGCCGGCAUGGCUGACGUGCUGCUUGUGCCGACCGUGCUCGGCGCCCCGCCGCGCAUGAUGUACAUCCACCAGUCGGAGCGCGACUCGUCGCUGAUGCCAUCCCAGCACCUCCCGGGGGUCGGGUCUGUCUGCAUGGGCCCGGAUGAGGGUACCCCGGCGGAGGAUGCAUUCACUGUGCCGGCGAGCUUGGCCGGGCUGCCGGCAUGCACGGUGCCCAUUGGGACCGCGCGUUUCCCGGUCGACCGGCACCACCCGGAGGGCAUGACCGUCGACCUGCCGGUCGGUGUGCAACUGAUCGGUCGUCGGGGCGGUGAGGCGGCCGUUCUCGCUGCCGCAGCCACCCUCACUCGGGCCAUCAACCUGUGA